GGAGGGGCCAGCGCCGGCAGCAGCACCACGCGAAUGCAAGCGCAGGCUGGAGGAAGAGGUGAGAGGGGAAAAGUUCGCCACACCGCCUCCGCUCUCAGUCAGGACAGGAGGCAGCCCGGCUCGGAUGUGUAGCUUGCUAGCUGCGCGCUGCGACCUCGUGGCUUGGCUUCUACAGGCUCCUGGGCUCCCAACAGUUUGCCAUCAGCUUUCAAAUGUGAUAAUUGAUGUGUUAGAUCUUCUCAACUGUUUCUUUUAAGAUCUGCUCAUGAAUGCCAUCAAACUAUGUAACUGGUGAUUGAGUCCUCACUUCCACUGGCCUCAUUGCUUUAUCAACAAAACUGAAUGCCAAAGACUCAUCCCCCAUUUCCUUUCUGCAACAUCACAAUAUUUUGUAUAUUCAGCUUCUUGCAGGGUGAUGAUUUUGCUUCUAAUAAUGAAAUAAAGAAAUAGAACAGCAGAACUGUGAUCAUGAUGAAAGUGUUUGAAGAGUGCUGCAUUCAAAAAAGAAAUGAGACCUUCUUUUGAAUGGAAUGACUCACUUACCAGGAAGCAAGAGAGAAACAUAACACAGGAAUUUGUAACUGACCUCCAAAUUGCUGAGACACACUUUUCCAUUAUAGAGAACUAGCAAUCUGUGAUAAGAGACUGGGCAUCAGAGAUACUAUGCUCAGGAAGAGACUAUGGGAAGAUCCUGAGUUUACCUCUAAAAGGUUCUUGGAAUCUGUCAAGCUGUAACAGCAGACUAUAAAAGCCAUUUCAAUCCAAUGACAGUGAGCAGAAUGGCAAGUUGUCAGGAAAUAAAAUGGCUGGACGUCUUCAAAAUGAUGCAAGUCAAAAGGAACCACAGAAAAAAAGCAAAAGCUGCUGCAGAAGGUAUGGAGGAAACGGCAUGGACUUGCACAAUGCCCAGGAGAAUGAAAGCAAUAAUGUCUUGACUAAUGUGUGCUGCAAGACUCUGCAGUCGGUGAUGGCGGCAGCAGCAGCAGGUAGAACACCACAAAUGGACAGUACAACUUUCGCCUAAGGAUGAAGAUGAGGAAGGAAAAUAGCCUCCUUUUGAAAUAUGCAGACAGACAACUCUGAAGUUGGAACUUGAUCAUGUAUACAAGGAAAGUCUCUUAGAUGUGUGGCAGAUUCCUGAUGCUUUCUGAAAUGCUGAGAAGGAAACUUCGUCACUGCCACAUUCUACGCUUCAAAUUUCUCCUGGUGUUAGUUUUUACAGCAGGGACCUUUUCGCUGAUCAAAAUUAAUCAGAAACCAAACUACCUGCAACAUGAGGAUUUGGAGCUGACCAGUGAGUAUGCCAAUAGCAAUAUAAACUGCUCUAAGAUAUUGCAGGGUGACCCAGAGGAAAUUCAGAAAGUAAAGCUGGAACUCUUAACGGUGUCUUUUAGGAAGAACCCUAAGCUAACAGCAAAUGAUUACAUUAACAUGACAACAGAUUGUGCCUCCUUUAUUAAGAGACGGAAGUAUAUUAUGGAACCUCUGAGCAAAGAAGAAGCAGAAUUUCCAAUUGCUUAUUCAAUAGUGGUUCACCACAAAAUUAACAUGUUGGAUAGACUUUUGAGGUCCAUCUAUGCUCCUCAAAACUAUUACUGCAUUCAUGUUGAUAAGAAGUCCCCAGAAUCUUUCUUGGCAGCAGUUAAGCGCAUUGCUUCCUGUUUUGACAAUGUCUUCAUUGCGAGCCAACUAGAGAGUGUAGUGUAUGCUUCAUGGAGCAGAGUGCAAGCAGACCUCAACUGCAUGAAAGAUCUCUACAGGAGAAGUACAAGCUGGAAGUACCUGAUCAAUCUCUGUGGUAUGGAUUUCCCUAUCAAGACCAAUCAGGAAAUAAUAGAGAAGCUAAAAGCCCUCAAGGGUGAAAACAGCUUGGAAACAGAAAAAAUGCCUUUGAACAAGGAGAUACGGUGGAAGAAGCAUCAUGAAGUUGUUGAUGGUAAGGUAAAGAAUACGGGAAUAGACAAGCAACAUUCACCUCUUAGUACACCAAUUUUCUCUGGCAGUGCCUACUUUGUUGUUAGCAGGAAGCUUGUGGAAUAUGUGUUGGAGAACAGCAAAAUCCUUGCUUUUAUAGAGUGGGCUAAAGAUACCUACAGUCCGGAUGAAUAUUUGUGGGCUACUAUUCAGCGAAUUCCUGAAGUCCCUGGUGCAGUCUCUGCCAGUGAAAAAUAUGAUGUGUCUGACAUGAAUGCCCUUGCCAGGUUUGUGAAAUGGCAUUACUUUGAGGGGGAUGUGUCCAAGGGUGCCCCAUAUCCACCUUGUAAUGGAAUUCAUGUCCGCUCUGUGUGUGUCUUUGGAGUAGGAGACUUGAACUGGAUGUUACAGAAACACCACUUCUUUGCCAACAAAUUUGAUACUGACACUGACCCAUUUGCAGUUCAAUGCUUGGAGGAGUAUUUAAGAGACAAAGCUCUACAUCAGCACAGACGUUAGGUUGCAACAUUCUUCAUGGUACACACCCUCCCUCCCUCUGAUAAGGAUGUCAAAAAGAUGAGAUAAAGAUGAGGUCCACCUUUCUCCUCCGCUUCCAUCUUCUGUGGUUUUCACAAGUCUUGCAGGAUGGUUGCUGAGCUGCUGCUGUUAUUGUUCUCUCCCCUAAGGAUUCCCAUUAGCAUUCUGCUACCCUUUAAAACAAUGCAUGUAGACAUGAAGCAAAUUCCUCAGGUUGACAUGGUUAACACUCUGAAGUGCUAUCCUGUCAUUCAUCCUGCCUUUAAAGUUUCUUGUUAGCUAGCAAUCCAAAUAAUCUUGAUCAGAAUGGCUGACAUCCUGACUAAAGCAGCAUAUAUGCAGUGAAAAGCUACAACAGCUGCAGCAGUAGAGACUCGCUACUGAAGUGUGGGUUCUCACAUGCAGGGGAAUUCUUGCCAAUCUCUUCUUUCCACAGAAGUGCUUUGAGCAACACACUAUCCCUGAGACAUGCUACUGCAAGUUGCUUAGUGUGUUUCUAGGGGAAGGGGAGAUUGGUGAAAAUCUCUCUCUCUCUCUCUCUCGUGCGUUUGUGUAUACACGCACCGCUACGAGCAGUUUCAAAAGUGGGGAAGCUGUGGCUGUGCAUCCUUUUGCUGCACACAUGUUAGCCACUAUGAGGCUGUUCUCACGAGCAGCUAAGACAGGGCUAAGGCAGCCAAGCCCAACUGGUGUUGAGACCUGCCCAUCGCCAGUAGGAUACUAGUUGUGGGGUUUCCGGGGGCCUAGAUGACAUGUCACGGCUACAUGCCCUAUGUGUCUGCUAACACAGUCUUAAUGGUGGGGGGAGAUGGUUAUUAAGGGGGAGGAGAAGGAAGGGGCCAAAGACUGAGCAAUAAUCAUGUGAUAGACUCUCAGGGAAUAUGUAACAGGAAUUAUCAACAGAAGAAGGAGGAACCGACAAAAUGCCAAAACUAUGAAUUAUGCAGAAAUGUACAUAGUUUUUCGGCACAGACACAUCUAAAUCCAGGCGCAUGUUGUGUGUUUUUCUGAGCAACUCUAAAACUUUAAAUAUUGCACCAACAACAUUCAUUGCCUUAGAUUUAAUGUAUUUUUUUAAAGUGUGUGGUUUCUUUGAAGUAUAAAGUUUAGGUAUAAAUUGUAUUCUUAAUCACAAUUUGUAUCUGUUUCAGAGGUCACGCAAUAGGACUGCCAGAUAAAAAAUUUCUCAGGGAAAUAUUUAAUGUGCCUCAUUCUGUUAGCAUAAACCCUUUAACAUAUAUAACAUGACAGCUUUUGUAUGUGGUUUGACAUACUUUUCAGAACUCUUCCCUUCAUUGACUAUAGUGAGAUUCGAACUUAGCAAUGCUGGUGCUUGACUUCUUGCUCUAGUUCCCUUUUUAUUCCUGGAGUGUUAAAUGAUGAACAAUAUAAUCAGAUAUUAUUACCAGUAUAAACAUUUUUUACACUUAAAAAAUAAAUCCUGCUAUGUUGUGGCUCUUUUUGAACAUGGAACUAACUAUUGGUAUGACUUAGACAAAUUCCCUUCUCAAAUUCUAUGAGGAAACCUUAAGCAGAGGGUAAGCUGGAAUGCUUUGGAAUAUCUCAAAUAUAGGUUGUGUCUUCUAAAGCUUGUAGUCCUCAACCAUUUUUUAAAAAACACCACAAAGGCUUUUCAUCUAAGUGAGUAAUAGGAAGACUUCGCUUUGCUGUAAGCAAAAAAGCUGUAUGAAGAUGGUUUACUGCAGAAGUGAAAUCAGUCAGCCAAAGAACUAGUUUACCAGUACUGUGGCAUGAAUUUUUAAAAAUAUAUUAUUGAAAAUGUUUUGCAUCUGUUACCUAAAUAGAAACAUCUAAGUCAACCUUUGCAUAAUAUUUACUUCCAUUUUCUUUUGGGCCUAGUAUAAUUUUGAAUUCUUCGUAAAUCUGAACCAUAGUUGUAGAUGGUUGGAAUCCAAAGCUGUUCUCAGGCGCACACAAACACACACUCUCUCACACACACACACACAUAUCACUCCAGGGUUUCCCUGUUUUCCCUUUCCAGGUACAAUUUUUUAAAUACUGAAUUGAAAAUUGCUUCCAAAGCCUUUUGCGGGGGUGGCUUGAGCAGGGUCCCAAGGGGGCAUUAUUUGGAUGCUCCUCAUGUGGCACAGACCAUUAAAACUUGUUCCAAACAAUUCAGGUAGCAUUGCAUAUAAAAUGUGUGCUAACAAUAAGAUGUUUGUAAUGUUUUAUUUAUUUUAAGAUUUCUGUACUGCCUUUCUGUGACUUGUACUCAAGGUAGUAUACAAAAUUUUAAAGCAGAAAUAUUACAAUAACAAAAAAAUCCAGUAAUAUUUGAAAUGUUCUGUACCUAUCACAGUCAAGAGCGCAGGAAGAGCAGAAUUUUAGAAACCUAUCAAAAUUUACAUUAUAUAUAGCUGAGUCUCUUAAAGAGGAAGAUAUGGCUAUAUUCCUCUGGUUCUAGCAACCUGCUGGCAAUUAUGUUUUCAAGGCUAGAACUGUGUAGAAUAAUGCUUAUGUGUAGUGGAGUGGCUGCUUCAGGCUCUCUUUGUCUGUCUGAGUGCAGGAACUGCUUUCAUUUGUAUUGGUCACAAGUAACCUGCAUUUCCAGUUACUUUCUCUUGGUACUGACUGAUAUUCAACCCUUUUUGCAAUAAAGCACUUUUGAGUAU